AUGGAAAACUUGAACAAUUUAACACUAUGGGAUGUCAAAGACGUAUUCAACAAAGUAAAAAAUGUUGUAAUGAAUUAUACAGAAAUGGAGGCCAAAGUUCGAGAGGCUACUAAUAACGAGCCUUGGGGAGCCAGUAGCACUUUAAUGCAGGAGAUUGCGCAAGGAACCUAUAGCUAUCAGCAUUUCAACGAGAUUAUGCCAACAAUUUAUAAACGGUUUUUAGAAAAGGAAGCAAGACAAUGGCGACAAAUUUAUAAGGCACUUCAAUUACUUGAAUAUCUCGUCAAACAUGGAUCCGAAAGAGUAGUAGAUGAUGCUCGAGCACAUAUGACUACUAUUAAAGUUAUGCGAAAUUUUGCUUUCAUUGAUGAAAAAGGAAAGGAUCAAGGAAUAAAUGUUCGUAAUAGGGCCAGAGAAUUUACAGAACUUCUAAGUGAUGUGGAGAAAAUUAGAGCAGAACGAAAAAAGGCAAAAGCAAAUAGAUCAAAAUAUACUGGAGUUAGUUCCGAUACUUCUGGUAGUUAUGGAUCAUAUUCAAGAUAUGGUGGAUUUGGUGGAUCUGGCAAUGAAUCAUAUUCUUACAAUGAAGAUCGUUCACGUUCUCGAUACGAUGAUCCAGAUUGGCAAAGCGAUUAUCGGAUCGGUAGAGUCUCCCCAUCGGAUGAUAGACGAUCUAGUAUUGGAAAUACCAAUCGUUUCAGUCAAGGUUCAACGAAAAAGUCAACAGAAUCAUCUACGAUUAACACAAUAGAACAAAAAAAUGAAGUUAAUUUGUUUGAUUUCGAUGAAACGCCGGAUUCAAUUUCUACCCCAUCACAAAAUGCCCGAAAUUCUCAAAAUAUCACUGAUUUUGAAUUUCAGAGUGCCCCAAAUCAUGCUUCUUCCUCGCAAAGAUCUUCAAUUAAUUCAGUUACACUACAAUCACUACAACCACUACAAACUACAAAUUUUACUGGUCUCAAUAAUAACCCUAACUCAGGAGUCAAUAAUAAUUUACUUGAUGAUUUGCUUGGUCCCGUUUCAUCAGUUCCUGUUUCAUCGGUCCCUGUUUCAUCAGUCCCUAUUUCAUCAUUUCCUGUUUCAUCAGUUCCGGCUCAAUUAUCACAGAAUUCGAACUUGCCUCCAGUGACGAAUUCAACACAUUCAACUUUUACUCCUAAUUCGUCAAAAAUGAAUUCAGCAACAGCAUUCAAAAAUUCUACAAAUUCUAAUACCACUUUUCCAGCCAUAAAAUCGGAUGACAUUUGGGCAUCAAGUCUAGUUGAUUUAGGUUCUUUAGGAAAAGAGAAAAACAACAAUAUGGCACAACCCUCAAAACCUUCAAUGAAUUCUCUUGUACAAACCGGAACAUCAUCUUGGGAUGUUAAAGGUACUUGGACAACAGGGCGACCUGUACAACAAAAUCAAAAUGGAGCUCAAAAACCUCUCGACCAAUUUGAUUCGUUAUUAUAA